CUUUAGAUAAAGAAUAGUUUCAAUAUAUUAUCUAACAGUAACUAUCGAUUAUUCAGUAAGAUUAUCUAAAGGAGACUGACAACUCGACUAUAUAAAUACGACAUUGUGAACUCAAAGCCUAAUUUCGCCAUUUUUAUUAGUAAGAUAUCAUAUAUUCCUAUAAAAGAAAAUGAAAAUUUUGAUUUUUUCAACAUUAUUAUUAUCUUUGACAAUUAUCAAGGGUCAAGAUAUUUGUCCAGAUCUUAUUCAAUAUUGCGAUGUAGGUACUUGUUGCCCGUCGCUAGAGGGUUUCGGAUGCUGUCCCCUGGAUGAUGCGGAAUGUUGUGCAGAUCUUGAACAUUGCUGUCCAGGCGGAUAUGUUUGUGUGGUUGAAUUCGAAAUUUGUGUGCAAUGUCCAGGUCUGCAAGGAAGACGUAAUUUUACAAUGAAAUUAGAGCCUCUCCUAGAACCUUUCUCUUUAGUUAGCUAUUCGAAUUCAUGUCCACAAUGUCCUAAUUGGGCGACUUGUUGUCCGAUGACUACAGGCCAAAUAGGUUGUUGCCCUCUUGAAAACGCUGUCUGUUGUAGCGAUAAGGAACAUUGUUGUCCACACGGAUAUACUUGUGAUGCCUCAGGGUUUUGCACAUCAAAUACAAAGCCAAUGAAGAUUCCAAAAAUCCAGAAACAUAUUGAAAACAGUGAAAGCUCAAUUCUUUUCUCAGAACACAAAUCGUUGAAGCAAAACUCGGUAGAUCUUGUACAGUGCCCCGAUGGCAAUUAUUGCAAUUCUGGAAAUACUUGCUGUUUGAUAGGUUCUAACACUUAUGGAUGCUGUCCCUUUCGUCACGCUGUAUGCUGCUCUGAUAAAGUUCAUUGUUGUCCUAAUGGUAUGACAUGCGAUAGUUCAGGUUACUGUACCAAUGGACCCGACAUUAUUUCUUGGUUUGAGAAAAAACCAGCAAUUAAACGACCUAAGAUCAAAAACAAAAUGAAGGUUUUUGUUCUUUCGAUAUUGUUAGCGGUUGUGACGAUAAUUAAAGGGCAAGUAAUCUGUCCAGAUUCUAAAUAUCAAUGCAAAGAAGGUCAAACUUGUUGCAAGACUAACCAAGGAUACGGAUGUUGUCCUAUGGAGGAUGCGGUAUGCUGUUCAGAUCUUCAGCAUUGCUGUCCAGACGAAUAUAUCUGCGUAGAUCUAUUUGAAAUCUGCGUAAAGUGUCCAGAUGUGACAGGAAAACAUAAUUUUACAAGAAAAUUAGAGCCUCUCCGAGAACCUUUCUCUUUAGUUAUCCACGCGAAUUCAUGUCCACAAUGUCCUAAUUGGGCGACUUGUUGUCCGAUGACUACAGGCCAAAUAGGUUGUUGCCCUCUUGAAAACGCUGUCUGUUGUAGCGAUAAGGAACAUUGUUGUCCACACGGAUAUACUUGUGAUGCCUCAGGGUUUUGCACAUCUAGCACGGAGCCAAUGGAGAAUCCAAGAAUGCAGAGGCAUGUUCAAAACAGUAAAAGCUCAAUUCUUUCCUCAAAACACAAAUUGUUGAAGCGAAAUUCGGUAGAUCUUGUACAGUGUCCAGAUGGCAAUUAUUGCAAUUCUGGAAAUACUUGCUGUUUGAUAGGCUCUAACACUUACGGAUGCUGUCCCUUUCCUCGAGCUGUAUGCUGCUCUGAUAAAGUUCAUUGUUGUCCUAAUGGUAUGACAUGCGAUAGAUCAGGUUACUGUACCAAUGGACCGGAUGUUAUUUCUUGGUUUGAGAAAAAACCAGCAAUUAAACGACCUAAGAUAGAAAACUGAAGUUUUCAAGUUGCAUGCAAUUGCUUUGAUUAUUAUUAUUUUUUUUUUUUGAGAGUAUAAGUCUCUGUAAUUAAUUAACUUGUAAUUACUUAACAAUUAAAAUGAUUUAAACUUGUU